AAACAUGCAGCAGCAUAAUGAUUUCACAUAAAGAAAUUGAAGUCUGACAUGUAGAAGAGUCGAAUCUCUAAAAUUUAAAAAUAUUUUGAAUUUUUCAAUAAGUAAAAAGUAUUUUUCUGAUUUUUGUCUCAUGUUAAUACUAAUAACUCAUAAUUUUUCUGUUCUUUCUGCAUUUUCCAUUCCAAAACCAACAGCAUUAUUGGAGUUCGACGAUACUUUCUUCUGUUCACUUUUUGGAAACUCUCAAGCAAAACCAACUUUUCUUCUUUUUCCUUUUUCAACUUUUGAUUAAUCUUCGUCUUCAUUAAUUAAUAUAAUGGGGGUGUCAUGAAAUUUCUUUGGCUGGAUUGAACAGAAUAAGAGUUUUAAUGGAGUUUUUUCUUACCAAAAGGGCUAAAACCAGAACAAAUUUUGUGAAAAUCGUUAUUUUCAGUGUUUAUGCAUCUCUUGUUUUGACGUCUGUUGCACAACUUCUGCCUGAAAACGAAGUACAAGUUCUUGAAAGAAUAUCAUCGAGAUUACAAAACAAAUACUGGAAUGUUACGCGAAGAUCUUGCAGUGAGAGUACCGGUUUUAACAUGACCAUUUGGGGUGACGAUGUCUACAGCAAUGUGACUUGUGACUGUUCAUUUGUUAACAAGACUGUUUGCCAUGUGACGCACAUCCAGAUGAAGGGUUUCAAUUUGACUGGAAUCUUGCCUGCAGAAUUUGCGAAUCUUACUUAUCUAAAAGAGUUGUAAGUAGCAACAUUGUUA